GCAGGACAGCUCGUGAUGUACAUGUUCUCAAUUAUCCGCUGUACAGGUCCUAAUUUGCAAAGGGUCCCAUCGUCUAGGAGAAUAGGAUGAAGCUCUGACUCCACAGCUCCACUCCACACCACAGGGUUAAACAUGAUGAAGAAGAGGAGGGGCGGAGGCCCCCAAUGUUGGAUUUCCCAGCAAUCGUGGACAAUACUGUUUUUAGCAGUUUCUGUGAAAUCUGAAAAAAAACGCAAUUUAGCGUCUAGGAAAAAAUAUAAUGAGUUGUACUCUAGAAUACUUGAUACCUCUUUGCCUUCUGUUCUCUGCUUAGGUGACUGCCAACUACAAACACCAUGUCGAAUCCAGAAGUGCACCACAGACUUUGUAUCAUUAACGUCGCAUCUAAACCCUGCAAUUGAUGGCUUUGAUUUGGAGUUCUGCAAGGCCCUGCGGGCAUAUGCAGCCUGCACCUAUCGUAAUUCCAAAGUCUGUCGUGGAAACCUAGUCUACCAUUCUGCUGUGCUAGGGAUCAGUGACCUCAUGAGCCAGAGAAACUGCUCCAAGGAUGGGCCAACGUCCUCUACUAACCCUGAAGUUACCCACGAUCCCUGCAAUUAUAGUAGUCGUACAGGAGCCAGAGAACAUCGGGGAGGGGAGCAAACUCCUCCUGUCUACCUUUUUUGUGGUUUGUUUGGUGAUCCCCACCUUAGGACUUUUAAGGAUCACUUUCAGACAUGCAAGGUGGAAGGGGCCUGGCCUCUGAUAGACAAUAACUACUUAUCAGUGCAAGUGACAAAUGUGCCUGUGGUCCCAGGAUCCAGUGCUACUGCUACAAAUAAGAUAACUAUUAUCUUUAAAUCAUACCAAGACUGUACAGAUCAGAAGGUAUACCAGGCAGUGACUGAUGAUUUACCAGCAGCUUUUGUAGAUGGAACAACAAGUGGAGGUGAUGGUGACACCAAGAGUUUGCGCAUUGUGGAGAAAGUCAGUGGCAAAUACGUGGAAAUGCAUGCCAGGUACAUUGGGACAACGGUGUUUGUGCGCCAGCACGGGCGCUACCUUACAUUGGCUAUUCGUAUGCCAGAAGAGCUGGCCAUGGCUUACGAAGAAAGCCAAGACCUGCAGCUGUGUGUGAAUGGUUGUCCCUCAAGUGAACGUAUUGAUGACAGUGGCCACUUACCAUUGCCUGUCAUGGGGCAGCUUCCUCCUCAUGCAGGCUCCACUCAGCCCCGCUCUGUGUACACACUGGAGAGUGCCACUACCAAAUGCCACGAGAAGAUGUUAGUGAAAGACAUCUAUUUUUACUCAUGUGUCUUUGACCUGCUCACUACUGGUGAUGCCAACUUCACAGCAGCAGCCCACAGUGCCUUGCAGGAUGUAGAGGCACUGCAUCCCAGGAAAGAGCGCUGGCACAUCUUCCCUAACAACGGAACCAGUGGCUUUGUCAAGGGAAACAAGUUGUCUGUUAGUCUUGGACUUGUGUGCUUGAUCCUAGUUGCAUUUUUGUAGGGUUUUUGUCUAUAACAAAGUUUUAAAAUAUAUAUUGUCAUAAUAUAUUGAGGUAAAAGCUAAGAGUAUAUAUGUAUAUACCAUGUAUAUGAAGGGAUGUUUGUCUUGGGACGCCCACCAGACUGUACAUAUUGUGUUACUGUUUUCACAUACGUUGGAUGUAGUAUUCUUUGUAUCAAUUUUGUUUUGCAGUUGGUGAAAUGUUUUAUAAUGUCCCUGCGUUGGGAUCUGAUAGAAAGCACUUUAUUUUUUAUAUAUUAAAUAUUUAUGUGUUUCUGGGUCAUUAUGUAUAAUACAUAGACACAUGUACAUACACCACAACCAGUGGUCCCUCUAAGCGUUACCUACUUCUACAAAACCUUUUUUAUAUUAAUGCCUUCCAGUGGGUGUUCUUCUUUCCAUCCUUAAUUACUCUCAAGGCUAUCACUCAUUUUCUCUUAUGAAAAAGGUGGUAUCUUACUGUUGGCUCUAGUUGGAUCAUUCAAAACCCAAUCUUUAUUCUGUCUGUGAAACAGAAUAUCUUUUCUCCAUUGCAUUAGC